AUGUCUUCAAUGUCUCAAACAUCCCGAAUAUCGUCGGUACUUUCUUCCUCAACCGAUACACGCUUAAUUAAGCGUGUUUCGAUUAUAGAAAGGAAUUUGAAUAGGACGAGAGGGACAGAGGUCGGACUUGGAGCUUUUGCAUUUCUUUUCUCAGAAAUGUUACAGUAUGCUCAAAGGAGAGUACACGGAAUUCAGGAUCUUGAACGCAAGUUGAAUGAUUUUGGAUAUCGAGUAGGAACUCGUCUUUUAGAACUGAUUGUUUGGAGAGAUAAAAAUAGUAAGAGGGAGACGCGUGUUUUAGGUAUAUUAUAUUUUAUUCAUACUACGGUUUGGAAAACACUCUUUGGUAAACAAGCCGAUACUUUAGAAAAGAGUACAGAGAAUGAAAACGAAUACAUGAUUUCAGAUAAUGAUCCUUUGAUAAGUAAGUAUAUUUCGGUACCAAAAGAAUUGUCUGAAUUGAAUUGUAAUUCGUUCUUAGCAGGAAUUGUUGAAGCAAUUUUGGAUGGAUCUCAAUUCCCUUCUCGAGUUACUGCUCAUUCAUUACCAAUUGAUGGCUUCCCUUUACGUACAACUAUAUUCAUUCAAUUAGAUAAAGAAAUUCUACAAAGAGAGGAUCAGCUCAAAUAA